UGCCCAUCAUUGCCGGUGCAAACAACAAAAUUAGUAUUAACAACAAAUUGUCAAAGCAACUGAGGAGAGAUCUUCAAUACAGAGCCCAAAAUCUAAGUUGAGAUUAGUUGAGAGCAAAAGUGAAAUCGUUAUCAGCUGAAGCGAAAGCGAACAACACGACGUCAAAGCUCUUGGGGAGGGAGAGGCCAAUGCCGCAUUGGAAGGCAGCGUGAUAAAGCGAACAUAAAACGGGCUUAGUUGCUGUUUGAUUUGUUAGCAACAGGUGCUUAUAUAAUUAAUAGAAAUAGGCUAGCAAUGCGUUGGCGUUUACUAGCACAGGCGGCCAAUAGGCAAUUGUUGUGGCAGCAGCAGCACCAACAACAGCAACAGCGAUGUUGCCGUCGUUUGCUAAUGACAACAGGCGCGCAGCAACAGCAACAACAACAAGAGCAACAUGAUGAGCAUAAUGACAAUAGCAACAAUUUGAAGGCUGCUAAGUAUGGUAUGGCAACAUUUGGAGGCAUUGCUGCUGGCGUAUUGCUGUUCAAGAAGCUGGACAACCAGCAGCAGCAACCAAAGAUAGAGUCCCAGUUGACGCCGUCGCCUGCAGGAUUGGAUGACGAAGCAGCAGCUCGUCUGUGGCAUAGCACAGUGCGCCAAGAUUUGCCCACAUACAGCUUGGAUGAAGUGCAGAAGCAUAAUGCACCCGAGCAAGGCAUUUGGAUAACCUAUGGCUUGGGUGUCUACGAUGUGACUGAAUUCGCACCCAAUCAUCCUGGCGGCGAUAAGAUUCUGAUGGCUGCUGGCAGCGCUAUCGAUUCAUUUUGGGCCAUCUACCAGCAGCACAACACGUUGGAGGUGCUGGAACUGCUCGAGGGCUUUCGCAUUGGCAAUCUGCAUAAGGAUGCGGUUGCUGCCAAUGUGGAGGAAGAGCUCGGCUCACCGUGGGCACAAGAGCCAAAGCGCAAUGCAUUGCUGAAGCCCGCCAGUGAGCGUCCCUUCAAUGCAGAGCCACCUUUAGCUUUGCUGGGAGAGCAUUUCUAUACGCCCAACGAGCUCUUCUAUGUGCGCAAUCAUCUGCCCGUGCCUGUGAUGCAGGCAGAGCAGUAUGAGCUGGAGCUGGACGUGGAGGCGGGCGCAGCUGCUGGCCAGCCGACGCGCACUCUGACGCUGGCUGAGCUCAAGGCGCUGCCCAAGCAUUCAGUAACUGCGGCCAUUAUGUGCGGCGGCAAUCGUCGCUCCGAAAUGACACGAGUGAAGCCAGUGAAGGGCUUAUCCUGGGGCCCUGGCGCUGUAGGCAAUGCUAAGUGGUCGGGUGCACGUUUGUGCGAUGUGCUGCAAGCAAUGGGCGUGCAACCGAAUGAGGACUUGCAUGUUUUAUUCGAGGGCGCCGACUUGGAUCCCACAUCGCAUCCCUAUGGCGCUUCGAUACCGCUCUCUAAGGCCUUGGAUCCACGUGGUGAUGUGGUGCUGGCCUAUGAAAUGAACGAGGAGCCACUGAAUCGAGAUCACGGCUAUCCCAUACGUGUCAUAGUGCCGGGCAGCGUGGGUGCACGCAAUGUCAAGUGGCUGACACGCAUUAUAGUGGCGGAUCACGAAUCGGAUUCGCAUUGGCAGCAGAACGAUUACAAGGGCUUCAGCCCCAGCACCGAUUGGGAUACGGUGGACUUUAAGAAGGCGCAGGCAAUACAGGCGAUGCCUGUGACCUCUGCCAUAUGCACACCGCUGCCAAAUGAGCGCGUAAAGCCCGAUUCCGAGGGAUUUAUAACAGUGCGCGGCUAUGCCUGGAGCGGCGGAGGUCGUCGCAUCGAGCGUGUGGACUUGACCAGCGACGGUGGCAAGAGCUGGCAUGUGGCGCAGCUGGAGCAAGAGACUGUGCCCGAUGGUCGCCAUUACGGCUGGUCGCUGUGGACUGCACGCGUGCCGCUUAGCGCGGAGCAGCGCAAGCAAGAGGGCCUGGAAAUCUGGGCCAAGGCUGUGGACUCGGCCUACAAUGUGCAGCCAGAGGCCUUCGAGCAUAUCUGGAAUCUACGAGGAGUGCUGGCCAAUGCCUAUCACAAGGUUCCAGUCAAAUUAAGCUAAGCUGAGCGUAUAUAUGAAAUCUAAGCUGACGAAACUAUUGAACAACUUGUAAAAUUUUUAAGUAUUAAGUAAACAUAUGAAUAC